CAUCAUUAUCAUCAUUUACAACAACGAAGAUGAAUUUGAUUCAAAAUUCAACGCAAUCAUCACUGAUCAAAAUGAAUACCUUAAAACCAAUUGAAUUUAUAAUGCCAAAUCCGAUACUAUUGUUAACGGAAUGGCGUACACAAUAUCAAAAUGAUCAUGAAAUUGCAUUCAGUAUGGAACAUUUAUAUUUACUUAUAAAUUGGUUAUUAAAUUAUAUAUUUCCAUAUGGAUUUCCCGAUUCAAUUAUAACCGAUGAUUUUGUACAACGUCCUGCUGAAGUGAUUGAAGAAAAUAAAUUAGAGAUUAUCGAUCACUAUGGUUUAGUAUUUAUUUUAUUCAUUUCACUUUUUCUAAUUGCAAUAUUUGUGCCAAUAAUUUGGCUAAUGAUUUGGUGUUUUUGUUGUACACAAUCAUCAAAUAAUAAUCAAAAUAAUAAACGAUCACAAUUACCAAACGCUGCAAAUAAUUCAUUGGUCGAUAUGGAAAUAUAUUUAAAUAAUACUCAAUAUGAAUUAGAUAUACUAUUCAAAACGAAUUUUGCUCAAUUAGAACAACAAAUUCGUAAAAAUUUAGAAAUAAGUGGUGAAAUUGUUAAAAAUGAAUUGGCAUUAAUUUCAAAAGCAAGUUCAAUUGAUAAUCUUACACAGAUUGUUACAAAUUUACAACCAAUUCUGCAAGAUUUGAAAAAACUUAUCAACAAUACAAAUGAAUUGAAAUUUCUGACCGUACAGUUGAGGGGAAAAAUUUCCCGUAUUAAACAAGAUAUUGAAGAUUUUUUCAAACAAUGUAAUCAUGAAAUUUGUUUUGAAUUAGAGGAAAAAUAUCAACAAAUACGACAUUCAUUUUCAAUUACAUCACGUAUUGAAAGUUUACCACGUCUUUCACCAAUAAUUGAUAAAAUACAAUUUCUAUUGGAUCGUAAUAUAAUUGGUGAAAUUAAAAAAGGCAAAGAAAAACUUGAUAUAAUUAGUAAUGAUAUACAGAAAAAAGUAAAUGAAAUUGUCCCGUUAAUACGAUCAAAUAUAUCGCAAGCAAACAAAGCAUUAGUUGAAAAUGUUGAUGAUAUUAAUAUUGUACUUGCUCAACCAAUUCAAUACAUACGUUUGGUACAACGAAUUUUAUCCAAUUCGAAUGAUUUUAUUCAACAAAAUAAUCAACAUAUUCAUCAUGUUGGUCUGGUUUCGAUAAUGAUUUUAUUCAUUAUUUUGAUUUGUUAUUUUUUCGGCCUACUAACCAAUCUUUGUAAUGAUCAACCAACACGUUUUAAUUAUAAAAAUCGAUCAAAAAAAGGUGAAUUUUUCUUCUAUAUUGGUAUGACUGUAUUUUUCUUAAGUUUUACCAUUUUAUUAUCGUUGAGUACGAUUUCAUUCUUAUUCGGUGGUUUAAAUGAUCGUUCAUUAUGUUUUUAUUUGGAAAAUGUUUCUGAUCCACGUAGUAAUAAAAUUAUACAUUUAUUACAAAUGGAAAUGGAAAAUGAAUUAUCAUCAUCGGAUAUAACUGAACAACAAGAUUCAUCAUUUGAAAUGAAACAAAUGUUUAAAUAUUUGAAAAAAAUCGAUAUAAUCGAUAUUAUAUAUCGUUGUCAUCAAAAUCAAAGUCUAUUCAAUGUACUUAAAUUAUCGAUUGAUCAAAAAAUAUUCAUUUCAAAAUCUGAACAAAAAAUGACAAGUUUUAAUUUGUCGGAAAUUAUUGUUUUCAAAGAGAAAAACAACAUUCAAAAAUAUUUAAAUUCAUUGUUAAAUCGUUUGAACAUUAAUCCAACGAAUGUUGUUUUGCUAAGCGAUGAAGGCAAAGAAUUACUGAAAGUAUUGAAAGAAACACCAUUAGAAACAUUAAAUUUUUCUGGUUUUGCCAAUUCAAUCAAACACAGUAUUACACCAAUAGAUUUGGAAUUAUUGGCAAAAAAAUUGGAAAAUGAAUCAAAUCGUUUACCCGAUUAUGAAAUUGAAAAUAUAGCUAAAUUACGAAAUAUUGUAUUGGAUUUACGAUCAUCAAAAGAAUUGAUUAAUUUAAUAAUACAAAAAAUUGAAAAUUUAACAAAAAAUGCUGAAAGAAUUGAAAUGAAAUCACAAUUUAAUGGUAAAAGUUUACGUGAAACAUUGAAUAUUUUGUUACGACAAGCGAAUGAAGCACAACAAUUUAUUAAUCAAAAAGGACGAUUAGAAAUUCGUAAUGUUUUAAAGAAUUAUAUUGAAGAUUUAAGUAUGUUAUUAACACAAUAUAGUGAUCAUGUUGAACAAAGAGUGAAAAAUGAAAUUGGUAAAUGUGAACCAGUUAGUCGUGCUUAUAAUCAUACUGUUUCAUCACUUUGUGAUAAUGUUGUUUUACCAUUUACUGCCAGCUGGUUUAGUGUUAUAAUAACAUUGAUGGUUUUUAUACCGGCAACAUUAUUAGUUUGUUUAUUGAAUACAAUGUUUAAACGUAUAAAACGUUCAUCAACAAGACGUGAAUCUAUUUUGAUUAUAGAUCAUUUUGAAGAUGAUGAUAUACCAUUAGCUGAAAUCGAUAAACGAAAUAGAAAUAGUAGUCAUAGUAGUAAUCGAAAUCGGCCUGUAGUACCAAGUGCACCACAUAUUACUGCAUUCAAUGAACGUGAUCAAUCGGAAGAAGAAACAUGGUCACCGGGUGCAUUGCCACAGCAUCUUUAUUCACGACCACCGCCAUAUAAUUUUUAAAGAUUCGACCACACAUUUCCAAAUCGACAGGAAUUU